GUUCCUUCGAUUAUGAGUAACAUGCUGAAUCCGGAUGCUAUUUUUUCAAACAAUGAAAUGAGCCUGUCAGACAUUGAAAUUUAUGGUUUUGAUUACGACUACACAUUGGUCUUUUAUUCUAAACAUCUGCACACGCUGAUCUUCAAUGCUGCUCGAGAUCUUCUUAUUAAUGAGCAUCGGUAUCCUGCAGAGAUAAGAAAAUAUGAUUAUGAUCCAAAUUUUGCAAUCAGAGGACUUCAUUAUGAUGUACACCGGGCAUUGUUAAUGAAGAUUGAUGCUUUUCAUUAUAUUCAGCUGGGAACAGUUUACAGAGGCCUCAGUGUUGUCCCAGAUGAAGAAGUCAUUGCAAUGUAUGAUGGUUCCCAUGUCCCUUUAGAACAAAUGAGUGACUUCUAUGGAAAGAGCUCACAAGGAAACACAAUGAAACAAUUCAUGGAUAUAUUUUCCUUGCCAGAAAUGACACUCCUUUCUUGUGUGAAUGAAUAUUUUCUGAAAAACAACAUAGACUAUGAGCCUGUUCAUCUGUACAAAGAUGUCAAGGAUUCGAUCAGGGACGUCCACAUCAAAGGAAUAAUGUACAGAGCAAUUGAAGCAGAUAUCGAGAAAUACAUCUGCUAUGCCGAACAAACUCGUGCCGUGUUAGCAAAGCUGGCUGAUCAUGGCAAGAAGAUGUUUCUCAUCACAAACAGUCCCAGUAGCUUUGUGGACAAAGGCAUGAAGUUCAUAGUCGGCAAGGACUGGAGGGAUCUCUUUGAUGUGGUCAUUGUACAGGCUGAAAAGCCAAAUUUUUUCAAUGAUAAGCGAAGACCGUUUCGGAAGGUGAAUGAACGAGGAGUGUUGCUUUGGGACAAAAUUCACAAGCUGCAGAAAGGUCAGAUUUACAAACAGGGUAACUUGUAUGAAUUUCUGAAGCUAACUGGCUGGAGGGGCUCUAAGGUUCUCUACUUUGGUGAUCACAUUUACAGUGACUUGGCAGAUUUGACCCUGAAGCAUGGCUGGCGCACUGGUGCUAUUAUUCCAGAGUUACGAUCGGAGAUUAAAAUCAUGAACACAGAGAAGUACAUUCAAACCAUGACCUGGCUGCAAACCUUGACAGGAUUACUGGAACACAUGCAGGUUCACCGUGAUCCUGAUUCACAAAUGAUUUUGGAAGAAUGGAAGAAGGAAAGAAAGGAAAUGAGGGAGAUGAACAGGAAUUUCUUCAACGCACAGUUUGGAAGCAUAUUCAGAACUGAUGAGAAUCCAACUUACUUCCUCAGACGUCUCUCUAGAUUUGCGGAUAUCUACAUGGCAUCAUUGAGUUGUCUCUUGAACUAUGAGCCUGAUUACACGUUUUAUCCGAGACGGACUCCUUUGCAGCAUGAACUUCCUGGCUGGUCAGACCAGCUGUGCACUGGUACAUUCAGAAUACCUUUCCUACAAGAGACAGUUCAGAUCAAGUAA